AUGUCCUUAUACACGAGUAACACGUUGUACCCCAAUGUAUCCAUCCCCAACGGUUUUCCCGCCAAAAUGGAGGAGAAACCACGGAACAAAACAAUUUUUCUAGACGUAACGCCUGCGCGAACGCCGCAUAUGAAACCCGCGUCCGCUAACUCCAUUGUCCCAUUACGAAACAACCUGACCGAUCCUAAGAUAUAUAAAGAUAUCAUCUACGAGAACAUUAAGCCUGUCUUCCUCCUGCUGCGUAUCAUGGGUAUCCUGCCGCUGACGAGACCAUCGCCUGGUCUGAACGAGUUCGUGAUAGCUUCUCCAUCGAUGCUCUACUCACUGUUCUGCUACGGGCUCCUGAUUGGAUAUCUCCUCUACCUCUCGCUCCAUAAGGUCCAGAUUUUGCGGACGGCUGAAGGCAAGUUUGAGGAAGCAGUCAUUGAGUAUCUCUUCACGGUGUACCUGUUCCCCAUGAUGACAGUACCCAUCAUGUGGUACGAGACGAGGAAGAUCGCUGGGAUUCUAAACGGAUGGGUUGAAUUUGAGAUCGCCUACAAAACCCUAUCGAAUCGGGUUCUCCCAGUGAAACUGUACAAGACGGCUCUCGCCAUAGCUGUCAUCAUCCCGAUACUUUCUACAACCUCAGUGAUAGUGACCCAUGUGACGAUGCUGCAUUUUAAGCUGAUGCAGAUCCUACCGUACAUAUUCCUGGAGAUUCUGACUUAUAUCCUGGGCGGGUAUUGGUAUUUGCUCUGUGAGACUCUGAGCGUCUGCGCUAAUAUUCUGGCUGAGGAUUUUCAGAUGGCGCUUAAAAACAUAGGACCAGCGGGCAAAGUAGCCGAGUACCGCGCGCUCUGGCUGCGACUGAGCAAGCUGGCGCGAGACACUGGCAUCGCCAACUGCUAUACGUUUACCUUCGUAAACCUCUACCUAUUCCUCAUCAUCACGUUGUCCAUCUACGGUCUACUCAGCCAGAUCUCCGAGGGGUUCGGCACGAAGGACAUCGGUCUGGCUCUGACAGCGUUUUGCAGCGUCAUGCUGCUUUUCUUCAUAUGCGAUGAGGCUCACUACGCGUCGCACAAUGUCCGAACGAAUUUCCAGAAGAAACUAUUAAUGGUGGAGCUCUCCUGGAUGAACACGGACGCCCAGACCGAAGUCAACAUGUUCCUCCGGGCCACCGAGAUGAACCCCUCGCAGAUCAGCCUCGGUGGAUUCUUCGAUGUCAACAGGAAUUUGUUCAAAUCUCUUCUAGCGACAAUGGUCACCUAUCUAGUUGUGCUGCUACAAUUCCAAAUAAGCAUACCGGACGAGGGACCAAGGAAUAUUAAAAGCGAUAGAUAUGACAACGAGACAUCCGGCGUCACAGACGCUACUACAUUAACCACGACUGUAGCAACUACAAUCUUGACCACAAUGGCCAAAAAGAAAAAGAAAAAUUAA